CACCAGUCACGCCUUCAUUCGCUGCUGAGCUUAUUACUGCCUGCCGGCCCUGUCAUACCUGCCGUUUGUUGACCUCGUCACUCAAACACUCCCUCCACUUCCAAGCUCUCUUACCUAGCUACCUACUCUACCCCAACGCGCUCCCAUCCACACACUGUCCUCAUCGAUCAAGCCAGUCUUUGAGACAACCACCAUGGCAUCUGAGCAGACUUAUACCGGCGAUCUCCGCAGCGAAGCCAAGGAGUUCCGUCGUGACAAGGACAGCAGGGUGAAGUGGUCAAACGGACCAUCGUUCGGCCCCGGUCGACGCGCCGAAGACGGCAAGCCUCGCCCUGCUCGGGUCUAUCCCCACAUCAAGUCAUCCUACCCUGGCCCGAUGAAAGCACGAACUGCUCUGAACAAGGACAUGGCAGGUGCCAGCGACGAUUCGUCUGCAGACGAGGAAGUUGAGCACUCGUCUACCGCACCUGCCCCAGACGCCGAGAUUGCAUACUCUUACGACGCCGAGCGAGGCCCCAGCCACGGCAGCCAAAUCCUGAAUGGCGCCCUCGAGAAGGCAAUCGAGCGAUACGAGAUCCGUGAGACCGACAAGUUGAUCAAGAACGAGUACGAGGUACUGGACGCCGAUGGCGAGCUCCUGUCGCCAGCCCCGAAGAAGAGACAUGUUGCGCCUGAGGAUGCUGAAUACGAGUUCGUUGACGCGUAACGCACCUCGACUUGCAACAUCCAGCUUUCCUCUUUCACUCUAUUUCCUCCCAGCGUCGAGUUUGCAUACACCUGAGUGGCGUUUCUCUUUAUAACUUACUGGCUUCAUUGCUAUCUACACAUCCCGCAGGUUCGACCUGCUUAUCUUGCAUUGCACGGUUUAUGGCAUCAACAGGUGAGCGUACGGCGCUUUCUGAGGACUUGAGCAGCCCUAUACCACGUUGGCUUGCUUCGAGGUUAUUGCUUUGUUAUUUGGCCAUGGCAGAUUGGUAAUCUGGCAAUCCUUGUCAUCUGUCGCUGUCAGCUCGGUCUGGUACACUUAAUUAGUGAGGACUAAGGCGAAUACACAUGGAGUUGCAUGAAUUCAUGCUUCUC